UGUUCAUUCUUUCUGCAUUGCCUGUCAAGUUCUGCCUGAGAAACCAUUCCCUCACGUUCCUCAUGCCGCACAACUUCGGGCGCAAGGUUAAUGUCGGCUACUUGUCGCAGGCCACCAAAUGCGGUUUCCACCGUCAGAAGGCCGCACAUUGCACCCAACCGAGUAUAAUUUGGCUCAAUAACUGAGUGUCGACCCUUGCUUCGAGUAAUGCCAUUGGGGGGCUCAGUUACCCACGGCGUCGGCUCUUCUGAUCAGAACGGGUAUCGGAGGAAGCUAUUCGAGUUUCUCUGCGACCACGGCUUCAACGUUUGCAUGGUUGGAUCUCGUAAAUCCGGCACCCAUCAUAGCAACGAACAUGAAGGCUGGCGGGGAUAUAGGAUCGACCAAAUCGAGGUCAGGGCGCGGGUAGCGGCAGCGAAGUACUUGCCGCAUGUCUUCACCGUGAACGCCGGCUCCAACGAUUGCUUACAAGAUUAUAAAUUGGUAGAAGCACGGGACCGCCUUAGCCACCUCUUGGAGACCCUCUGGGAUGCCUCGCCUGGUUCGACCAUUAUUCUCUCAAGCCUACUAGUCAACCAGGACGAGGCCGUGCAGCAGCGGAUUGAGGCCUUCAAUACGGAGGCGGAAAGAUUAGCCCGCACUUUGACUCUAGGGGGAAGGAAAAUCGUUUUCGUAAACUUGCAAGGAAACGAUGGGCCUGUCAUGGAAGAUUUAGUGGCGGAUGGGACGCACCCUAAUGAUACAGGAUAUGAAAAAAUGGCCCGGAUAUGGCUACGGGGCAUUCAAAUGGCUUCAAAAGAAGGCUUCCUGCCCCCACCGCAACAGUUAUAGCGAUUUUGAGAUAGAACCUUCUGUAUGGGGAGAGU